AUGAAUCAAGCAAAACCUCCGAUUGAAGAUGAUGUGGUCUAUUUUACCAUGGAACUCCCAUGCCCAUCGCGAAUGCGAAGGCUUCUGGAACUGCGAGUUGCCAUGGAUGGUGUCGGUCGACACGGCCAAUUAGGCGUUGAAAUCACCGACGAUGACUAUGGAGAAAGUGUGGUGUUUUUUAUUGAGCCUCUCCAGAUGCAUAUGGAACGCUUCCAACUCAUCUUCUUCGUAGCUUGCUAG